AUUCACAAAGUUAAAAGUUUCAAACACUUUCAAGACAUUUCUUUCUAAUUUAUUUCAUUUUAUAAAACUUUUCGUCGUUUAAAUAUGGACAGGAUACUUCGUUUAGGUGCUGGUGGUUUACCUGGAGUAGGUCAGAGUCCUCCAACAGACGCCCCGAUUGUGGACACUGCUGAACAAGUCUAUAUUUCAUCUUUAGCGCUAUUAAAGAUGUUGAAACAUGGCCGUGCGGGAGUACCUAUGGAAGUCAUGGGAUUGAUGUUGGGGGAGUUUGUUGAUGAUUAUACUGUUCGUGUGAUUGAUGUCUUUGCUAUGCCUCAGAGUGGUACAGGUGUAAGUGUUGAAGCAGUCGACCCUGUUUUCCAAGCAAAAAUGUUGGAUAUGUUACGACAGACAGGUCGACCAGAGAUGGUGGUUGGUUGGUACCAUUCUCAUCCAGGUUUUGGUUGCUGGCUUUCUGGUGUUGAUAUCAACACUCAGCAGAGUUUUGAGGCAUUAUCAGAAAGGGCAGUGGCUGUUGUGGUUGACCCUAUUCAAAGCGUCAAAGGAAAGGUUGUGAUUGAUGCAUUUCGAUUGAUUAAUCCAAACAUGAUGGUCUUAGGACAAGAACCACGACAGACAACAUCAAAUCUAGGUCAUCUACAAAAGCCCUCAAUUCAGGCACUCAUUCAUGGACUCAACCGACAUUAUUACUCCAUCUCAAUUAACUAUCGGAAAAACGAACUGGAGCAAAAGAUGUUGUUAAAUCUUCACAAAAAAUCUUGGAUGGAUGGUUUAUCUUUACAAGACUAUAAUACACAUUGUUCAGCAAAUGAAGAUACCGUCAAGAAUAUGCUACAACUUGCAAAGAAUUAUAACAAGGCUUUGGAGGAUGAAGACAAAAUGACUCCGGAACAAUUAGCUAUAAAAAAUGUUGGAAAACAGGAUCCAAAGCGACAUUUAGAGGAGUCGGUGGACUUGUUAAUGACAUCAAACAUCGUGCAAUGUUUAGGGGCCAUGUUAGACACUGUGACUUUUUGAUGUGCAAGAAAUGAUAUAGAGUUUUGUAUAAAAAGUUUCAAUAGAAAUUUGUUGUAUUUCUCGUGUUAAUAAAUAUUGUGUU